UUUGUCGUGUCGGUGCUCCGUUACUCUCCGGUUCAUUACGGUGGUUUAACGGUGUUAACACAUUCAUGGAGGAAACGUGAGACAGCAACCGGAGAGGAAGAGGAGGAGGAGAACUUUUCCCGCCGUGUGUCCUGCGUUGUGAUGGAGGAGGCGGAGCUUAACCACUACGUCUCCCAGCUGAAGGGGGAGUUCGACAGCUGUGACACGACGGCCACCGGCUUCCUGGACCGAGACGAGCUGACUGAGCUCUGCAGGAAACUGCAGCUGGACGCACACCUGGUGGUGGACACGCUGCUGGGAGGAGGCUGCUACAACAGGGUGAACUUUGAGGAGUUUAAAGAAGGCUUUGUGGCCGUUCUGUCUCGCUCUCUGGACUUCAGCACAUCAGAGGACGACAGCAGCUACCUGGAGCCAGUUGUUCCAGAGGAGGUGAAGCCAAAAUUCGUGAAGGGAACGAAGCGUUACGGCCGUCGCUCUCGGCCCGACGACGCCGCGCUGCUGCUGACCGGCGACCCGGAGAACCCGUCAGCGUCCAGAACCGAGGCGGAGGACUCGUCACCGACGGGCGUCCGCAGGGCCAAAGUGAGACGCUCGACGUCUCUGGAGAGCGUUGAGAGCCUGAAGUCUGAUGAGGAGGCAGGAAGUCAGAAGGAGAACAUCCAGCCAGACCUUCAGAGUAAAGGUCCUCAGCAGCAGCAGCAGCAGGAGGAGGAGGAGGAGGAGGAGCUGGGGGUCGGAAGAGGAGAUCAGCUGGGCCUUCAGCAGCUCAGCACAGAGACGUUCAAACAGGACCUGGACGGCAGAGCCAGCGUCUGGGACUUCCAGAAGGUUCUGUGUUGCUCCGCCCCCUUCUCCUGCUCCACCCCCAUACGAUCAGCUGACCUGCAGAGGGCACCACGGCAGGUAGGAAUCAGCAUGCACCGCUCAUCAGGCCUCAUCUCAGGCUGUGGUCUGCUGACCUGGGUGAGGACGGACCAGACCAGGACCCAGACCCAGACCAGGACCUCCUACUGCACUCAGUCUCAGGCCUUAGAGGAGCGCUCGAUCCGCACCACCUCGCCCUCCCUGCUGACGGCCACGGUGGGUCAGAGGGUUCUCAGCCGGCUGGACGAGGGCUCAGGAUGCACCAGCACCGAGCGGGUCGUCGCCCUCUGGAGCGAGGAGGGCAUCCGGAACGCCCGGGACAUCCUGCAGACUCUGGACUUCCCUCUGGAGGAGCGUCUCAGUCUGGCUGACCUGACUCUGGCUCUGGACAACGAGCUGCUGGUCAGCGGGAAUGGCAUCGAACAGGCGGCUCUGAUCUCCUACAAGAACGAGAUCCAGCACCUGCAGGUGCUGGUGGACCAGGCCUGCAGUGAGCGGGACAAGGUGAAGACAGACCUGGAUCAGGCUCAUCAGAGGAACCUGCAGCUGGUCAGAGAGGUGGACGACAGACACGCCAGCAUGGAGACACUCAACCAGACCAGGAUCAGGUCAGACUGGGAGCUGGAGCAGGACUUCCGUGAUAGGCUGACGGCUCUGCGCUGCCAGUCGGAGCAGGAGAGCGAGGCUCAGCUGCAGCAGACGGAGAGAGAGCGCCGCUCGCUGCAGGACCGGCUGCAGCUGCUCCGAGUCCAGGAGGCGGAGCUACGGGAGGAGCUCUGCAGCGCCGCACAGGAGAGCAGUUGUCUGGAGGAGGACCUGAGUGCUGUGAAGAUGAAGCUGACUGAAGCAGAACGCUCAGUGAAGCGGCUGCAGAGAGACGUGGACCAGCUGCUGCUCGACAAGGUCUCUGCAUCAUCCGAGUCUCUUCACAUGAGCCGUCUCCAUCUCUGCAGCUCUACACAGCUUUUUAGCCUCUUUUAGCUCCUAGCUUUGGUUCUGCAGCACAUUUCCUGUUUGGUUGAGUCUCAGUGUUUCCAGCAGCAGCUGUUUUCAUCCAACAAGCUGUGAUGAAGCCACUGUUCACUACCUGCUCAGCAGCAAACAGCAGACAGACUCAGUUAGAGACGAGCUGGUGAACAUAGUGGAGCA